AUGAAUCAGGCUCCCCCUCAUAACAAGGAGAUGUCGGGAUUGCCUUUUAAAAUGCACAAGGGCCCGAAGAUCAAGCUCGUACCGCAACCACCCUUGACAGCCGACAUCGCCAUCGAGCCGGUUCGAUUCCAAGAUCUUCCUAGGCCCAGACGCGAUCCAAACGAGUUUUCGACACAUCUCGACGAAAAAGUUCAGAUCAAGGAGCGCGCGCUUACGCUUUUUCAGACGGUGUGCGUUCUGCUCGUGCAGUUUAUCGCAGUCGUCGUGCUGGCAUUCCCAUGGAGUUUCGCCAUAUUGGGACUCGCUGGAGGCUUGAUCACCUGCUUGAUAGUAGGUUUUACCACCAUCUACUCGGUACAUAUUCUUUGGAGGUUUUGCAUGGUUCAUCGGGAAGUCCGAGACCUGUGUGACUUGGCUUAUCACUUGUUUGGCAAGAGUAGGCUGGCGUGGUACCUAGCAUUCAUCGGCUUGGCAUUGAACAAUCUCGGUGUCAUGGCCGUCCAUGUGAAUGGAGCUCAAACGGCUAUCAGUACGCUGGGUCAUACGUUCUGCUCAGUCUAUUGGGGUCUAACGGCGUUCGGGAUCAUGUACGCGGGAUCCCUCGUGCGUGGUUUCAGAAAAGCGGGUCCAGCGGCAGCCUUGAGUGCGGGCACUAUGUUUGCGUGUUUCAUCCUCGUUAUCGUUGGUCAUGUCGUGCAGGACAAGCCCAAUCAAUAUUAUCCGGACACCUCGUUGGCUUGGACCAUGUGGGCUCCCAAGGGAACCACUGCGAUCAAGGGAAUCAACGCCGUCUUGAACAUCAUCUAUUCGUUCAUUGGUCAUCCGCUCAUCCCGAGCUAUAUCGGUGACAUGCGCGAUCCAUCACAAUUUCCGACAGCACUUUACAUCACCAUGGCUAUCGAGAUCGUGCUCUUUACCAUACUCGGCGCCGUCGUGUAUGUCAAGACUGGCACAGAAUUGACUGUCAGUCCGGCUUAUGGAAGUCUGACCGAACACUUGGGCAAAGCUGCGGCCGGCUUGGCUCUUCCGACGAUUCUUAUCGUCGGCUCGCUGUUCUCUCUCGUAACUUCCAGAGCGGUAUUCUUCCAGAUCUACAAGGAAGGUUCUGUUCACCGACGCAGGCACACUCGUGUCGGAUGGCUCGUUUGGUUCGGAAUCGUCACGGCCGGUUGGAUCGUCGCGUUCAUCUUGGCUGAAGCCGUACCGUUUUUUGGGGACCUUUUAUCAUUGAUCAGCGCCCUGUUUGCGAGUUGGUUUGGCUAUAUCCUCUGGCCCAUCGCCUACUUCCGAAUGAGCAGAGGACGAAGUUUGAAGGACCCCAAGCAUGCCUCGCAGGUUGUACUUUGCAUCAUCCUGUUUAUCGCCGGUGUUUUCCUAUUUACUGCCGGUACUUACGCCAGUAUCAAGUCGAUCCGAGAUAAUUACGCUGCGGGGCCGAUCAAGAGGCCUUUUACGUGCACCAAUACUGGUUUCCAAUUCAGCCGAUAG